AUGGACAAACAGAGAGUGGAGAAACAGAGAUUAGACAAACAGAAUGUGCACGAAGAGAGAUAUUUCCCUAAAGUGCUCCCUGCUAAUCGUGUCUGUUGCGCACAUGCAGGCGUCGACAGGCUCGAGAAGAAUAUCAUGAAAAAUGUUGACUCUAUAAACGUAAUGUUCGACCCCAACCAUAAAAAAUUCGUCCCGUCCAGAUCAAGGAAGGCCCACAUAGUUGGAGGUUUUAGUCAGAACACGUCUGACCCGUCAGAUGUUGAAAGGAGCAAAUACGAGAAGGCCCUCCGUUUUCUAGAAAAACUAAACAGUGAGAUGACUGUCUACUCGAGUAAAGUUACACAAGAAUUAGACAACCAGGAAUACAAAACUUUGGUUAGCUUUAAUCGUGCCUCCAGUCUUCUGAAGGAAUCUCUAGCCACCAUGCAUUCUCUUGACGCGAUUAAGAAUGACAAAACUGUCGAUUUUACCAAAUACAACCUGGAUUGGUACAGCAAGGCAUCCCUAAAGGAGAAGUACGAGACUGAGAAACACAUCCACAGGAUAAUGAAUAAGCUCUUCUUGAAAGCGCGAAACAAGAAAAAAAACGCUCAGAGGAAGGAAAUAGAUGAGAACAUCGAGAAGCUGGAGAACGACCUACUGAUGCAGCGAUUUGUGAGCGAGAACAUGAACGCGACGAAGCUGCUGAAGGAGCAUCAAGGGAAUUCCUCCGAUUAUAUGGCCCCUAUGCACUCGGAUGUCUGUGGGCAAUUGGGUUACAUAUUCCUAAGCUUCAUGUUUGAAAGGCUAUUUAAGACAGCAAUGACACAGGACAUCGGCCACUUCAAGCAGUACUUGCCUCGUCUCAAGCACAGGAUUCACAAUAUGGUCCAAAAGGGCACGCUCAUCCUGCUGGAGAAGGGCCUCGACGAAGCUCUGCACACAUUCAAGCUCAAGGUGGCGGAGCUAAUGGAUAAAAAGUUCGGAUUUGUCGACAUGUGCUCAAAAAAAUGCGUCGUCGAUACGGUUAGCGCAAACUACGACUUGGAGGAAUACAAGAAUGAUUUUAAACCCACGAGCACCGCUCAGAGGAGAGCUGACAUGGUAAAGAUGCUAAUGUACUACUACCGAGACAAGCUGAACAAUAUCGAGACGACAGCCGACUUUGUUCUGAUUAUGCUGCUUUACCUGAACUCGGCCACGGAGCACACGGAGAAGGGAUUAAUCGACGUGAGCUCCAUCAGCACCACGGACAAGUUUAACCUGAUCAACAGGACCAUUGAGAAGGGGAAGAAGGUGAAAGAGGACAAGAAGAAGAACUUCCUGAAGAUUGCCCCCUUCAACUUCUUCAGAGAAGAGACAAGCGAAAAGUAUGGAAAUGAAUCCAUCUUUGCCAUCGAUGAUAUCAUGAAAACGUGUCUUCUGGCGAAGAAGUCUCAGAAUUUUAGCUCCCUCUACGAGACGUCCAAGGAAGUAUGGAAUAACCUUCAGAGCAUCUACUCCGCCUCCUAUGGAUUCGUUGCAUCGAAGAAGCUAAAGACAAGCAGAUUCGUCAACGCUCGGAUCAGAAACGUCGGCUUCGUCUUUAACUGGUUUAACUAUAAUAUGAAGCCCACUAAGCAUGUGAACUUCCUCGUGCAGAAUUUUUCUCCCCUCCUUUCUGUGAGCUUGCAAUUGACCUUCUUCAUCAGUACGAUGAUCGAGCAGUACGAGUCCAGCUUCCUGAGUAACUUCUCCUCGGUGUUGAAAAAGAUAUUCACUUUGGGGGCCAGCUCAGCGCACCCAAAGAAUUACGGCGACCUCGUGAGUUUCUCUGAAACAGAUUAUCUGUUGAGGCAUUCAAAGGGAGACAAGGCACAGAGGAUAAUCACACAGACAGUAACUAUGUUUAAGAAAAAGUUUCUCUCUAUUCCAUACACACCUACUCUUCUGGCCCAGUACAUCUCACUCUUCCUAUCCCUAUGGGUCUUCGAAAAUGAGAAAAGCAUAACCCUGGAGAAUCCUAAUGUGACUCGAUUUAAGAAGCUCUUCUUUCUCACGUACUUCGUUCACAACUCCGGCCCCGCCGAAAAGGCAGUCGAAAUUAUCUACGACCGAUGCAGACGCAAGACGGACAAAAUCGUACUGGGGUGCAUACAUGAUUACGGAGGAACGAAGCAAAAAAACCUCAUGGGCAUUAUAAGCAAAACCUGUAGGCCCAGGACAAUCCCUAUAAGGAAGAUGGCCAUUAGGAAAGUCAUUAAAACGCUCAUGUCUUCUUUGACUGACCCUGUCGAUAUUCUUAAAAUCGCUGUGGACACUGCCACUCGAUGUGAUCACUUCAGCCGCAGUACGUCCAUAGACAUGGAGAAGAAUAACAAGAAGGGAAAAAAUGAAAUUAACUAUGAUUUGUUUGUGAAGUCGGAGUUAUCCUUCCGUUACAUAUGCGCCGACGUCACGAAAAAAUUGGUAAGAAGAAUCAUCAAGACCGUGUCUAGACUGAAGAACAUGAACGAAGCCCAGGAGAUAAUCGAGCAGUCGCUGAACAGCCUGCAGUAUCUGAAGAUAAGAAACUACAAAGACAAGGAAAGCAGCACGAGCAUUCUUUGUCCCUUCAUGGAAGACAACGACAAGCAUAUUCGUGACUUGGAACGGAAGCAAAUUUCGAUCUUCGUGCUAAAAAACGUGGGCCUACUGAACAUGCUGAAGGGGAAGAUUGCCAACGUUUUCAAGAAGACUAUCAACGUCGGGGAAGGCAUGAAAACGGACAGCCCCAUUUCGAUCAAAGUUGGAAUGCGAAAAUUCAACGGGUUUAUCUUUACGGGAGGAUUCCAACUAAACGUGGACAAAAUUGAUCAAGAAAACGAACUACACAUUGGGCUGUCCAAAUCGAGGAAGGUCUACAAUGGAAAACAGUUUGUCGACGAGUUAGAGAUCCUGAGGCAAGAUGGCAUCAAACGGAUCGAAAUGAAAGGAAUCGACGAGGACAACGAGAGGUUUUACGUCCUGAAUGAUAACAAGAAAGUCUCUGAAUUUGAUUACGCCAUCCUUUACCCUGGCGCGGACAUCAUCAUUUUUGACGGACACAACUACCUCUCUUCUUCCGCCCUUCGGGGUAUGGGCCUGGAAUAUGAAAGAAUCGUCUGGGCCGGACACUCAGUGGGUUGGGUGGCAGAGUUCGCCCUUGGAAGCGUAUCGGAAAAUCCACUCCCCAUUUUCGAUGGCAACGCGUGGGUGCUACUGGACAAGUUGAGCGUCAAGAGCAUUUUAGGCGAGUUUCUACCAAGGGACGUGCGCGGCAGCCUUCUCUCGAGCCAGGUCAACUUCGUGAUCCUGAACAAGGAAGGGCGCCAGAUCUUAAAAAACACCACACCGGUCGUGAAUCUGAAGCACGCCACCUUCACCCUGAGCGGAAUAUUAAACUUCAUCAUCCGGGCCGAAAAGGGAAAAGGGAACGAAAUUAUUGUGUACACAAGGAUACCAUAA